AUUGGAACCGUGUAUGUUUUGGUGGUGGAUCAUAUGGCGGAUGAACUGAACCUUCAGAGAGUUGCCGUAAGGUUUUUGAGACUAUGUAUGAAGGUCAUACACAUAAUACGUGCAGCAUAUAAAAACCAGGCGUCCGGACUAGCCAGGAUGUGAAUGAUUGAGAUGUACCUCAAGAAGGGUACCCCAUACUUCUCUGGACCAAACCAUUGUUUUAAUAUUGCUAACUGCAUUCGUCUGCUCUGUUCCUGGCUCUGGAAGUUGUUACCUGAAAUACUGGGGUAUAUAUAUGGACACUAUGAUCAAUACUCCAACACGAAGAAUGUCAUUGCGACGUAAGCGAAACACUAAAGGCACUGAUGGCACAGAAUCACCUGUAUCAAAGAAGAGCUCCCCAUUAAUGGAAAGUAAGGAUGAGGAAGCUUCAGCCAAUACCUGUACUCCAAAAUCCCAAGUUUAUAAUUCUCGUCGAAUUCGAGGCCAGACAGCUGUAUCUCCUGGUCUGUCAUCAGGGACAUUAAAGAAUAAUGAGCAAAGUUUUCACACACCUAAUAAAAGGCAGCAGCAUCACACAAUUGAACAUCGGCAACAACAUUCACCCGACACACCGCUCAUUUGUAGUCAGCUGUGCGGGACUCAGGAGUGUGAGGUGGUGUGGGACUGUAACUCUCCCGGUUACUCCAAAGAUGAUCUAAAGCGCAUGCCAGGUGGUGAUACCGGAGAGAGGGACUCAGAGGAGAGCCCGGUGGUGUUUGUUGCACCUGCAUUUCAUCGCCUGUUUCCCCGAGCUCGGGGCCGCCCACCACCACCAACAAUAAUUACAAAUACCACUGCACAGUUAGAUGAACUAUUGGAUCAGCUCAGCAGUAGACGAAAUUCACCAGUGGAAACUAGAGGUCAUUCCUUGACUACUCCACUACCGGCUUUAGACUUCAGACAAAGAAGAGCACUUCCUGAAGAUGAAUCUGAUGCAACUUUAGAAGAGGACACGAGCCCCAGUACUUCAUCAACUCCAGGGUUGUUACAGGAUGCCUUGUCACAACCCUUUGAUAUAAGAGAUGAAAAUACUCAAAAUGAGCAACAGCUUACAGUUCCUGCAACAAAGAACAUGAACCUAACAAUUUGCCCAGAUGAUUCACUGUGGGGUGAUGAUCUCAAUAUGGGUAUCUGUGAUAUUAGUGAAGUGUGUGAUACAGACACCAGACAUUUUGAGAGAGAAAAAGUGAGUGCUACAGUUGAUGGGGGUAGAGUGAAUGUAGAUGAUCAGGUGAAAGAUGUUUCUAAUAUGUCAUCUGAUAUAUUUGAUGAUGAUCUGUUUAAUGAAUCUGUGAUACGUACUACACAAGCCAUGGAAGAAGCCAUGAAUGACAGUGUCGGUGGAAAUUAUUUUACAAAUGUAGUUCAAAAGAAGGAUUUGGAAGAAUUGGAGCGAAAGAAGAACAACAGACUUUCAAAAUAUGAUAACUCGAGUGAACAUUCUUUAAAGUCUGAUAUGGAUAAUGGAGGUAUUAAAAUUAGCCAGAAAAGUGUAAAGCCCAACAACAGUUAUAGAAAUUUGAGUCACACAGUCGGUGAUAAACGUAGUAGUAGUAGGCAUGUCAGCAGUGUUCCCAACACUCUUCAUAACAGUGCAAGUGUAAACCAGAAUGUUAGAGUGGUUCAGAAUUCUACUCAUUCUGCCAGUACUGCUUACCAAAAUUUAAAUGAUAAUACUAAAGAUAAAAUAACUAGUGUUAAUAGUCUGAGUAAAUCCAGUGCUUCCAAUGUUUAUAGCAAAGCCAUAACUAAGAGCCAUAUAAAUCUUGCUGAUGAUGAUAGCUGUAGCCCUGUCCUUGGCAAAACUCAUGUAUCCCCCACAAAUAAUCCUGUACGGAAAGUUAGGAAUUCAUUUAGAUUAAACGUGUCUAGCCCUAGAAAAAAUCGCCAAAUUAAUGCUCAGGAUAAUGGCUCUUUUGUGCAAAGUGCUAACUCCAAUAAAUUGCUAAACAGUGUGUCUGUAAAUGAGAGAUGUUCAACAGGUAGUGGUAGUGUAAAUAGCAAAUCUGAGAGUAAUUUGGUAGUUACAGCUGAAACAAGAAGACUUGAAUCAGUAAGUGCACAAAAAAUAUCUGUGAUACAUCCUGUAGUUGGGAAUGAGUCGUAUCAGGCCAACACGGCUCCUCCUCAUGAAAUGAAAAGCACAGUUAAAUCUAACUAUGGUUCUACUUACACUAGUAUAUCAUCAAAAAAGUCAUUUAAUAAUUGUAGUAGUAGUCAAGUAGGAAAUGUGACAAAUACAGGCCAGACAAUGAGAGGACCUUUAUUGCGCUCACAUUCCACUGAUAAUCCAAAGUCUGUUGUUGGUAAUUUGACAUCAGUCACACAGCGGAGCAAAAGUUCAGUGGAAGGAGACGCUUCCCGAGAAUUUGGAGAGGAUGAUGAAUUUUUCAGGUCAUUACUGUCGGUUCUUCCUGAAGACGAGAACCUACUUGAAAACCCUCCUUUCCAAUCAGAAAUUAGUGUACUGAAAGGUAAAGAGGUAGCCUUACCUCAAGGCAAUAAAUGUUCCGUGAAUACUGUGAGAUUUCUUGAAAACUUUAAUACCAAUAGCAAACAUUUACCUAAUGAAGUCCAUUCAGAUAGUUACGCAUGCAGAAAAGAUGACGCCAAGAAGCCUCAUACAAAACCAGUAGCAGCGACUUGCACAACGUUGAAGGAUUUGCCCAAUCAACCACAGACUCUAACUGCCAGAAGUAGGGCUCAAAGGAGUCUUAUCCAAGCCAUACCAACAACAACUGCUAACCCUCAUAAUUCAAGACUAGGCCCUAGUAUGGUGUCUUGUGUAAUUGUGGAUAAUUUACGUGAUACUGUGCAAAGUGUUGGACAGGUAGAUACCUUAACCAGCCAGCCUGCAUUACCUACACCUCCUCAGCAAGACAUCACCACUAGUGAUAUCUUGGAUGAUGAUCUCUUUGAGGAUGAAGUUUUAACAUUAUUAGAUGAAGUGGAAUGUCUUCUGUCUCCCUUUCCCAACAUCUUUAUUGCCUUACACAUUACUGUACUGACAUGGAUGCAGUGAGUUUAAAUAUAGUAGAGGUAAGUGAUGUUACAAAGCAUAAGAGACUGGAUAUUGUUGCGUCCUUAAAAUACAACUCGAGAUAGUACUAAAUGAGAGAAAAGGUGCUGAUGAAGAACCCUUGACCAUGUCUAUUUUCAGAGAUUUUAAUUUUCCUGCAAAAUAUGGCACUGGCAACUAACUGUAUUAACUGAUAUAAAUAACUUACAAUUUUUUUUUUUUUUUUAGCAAGAGGAAAAGAUAUACUGGGCCGGGCACACAUUAGCUCCCUCAUCAGAGCUACGUAUAUUAACAAUCUUUAAACACAAUAACAUCACUCAUAUUUGCUAAAAUGAUCUCAAAAUUACAAAGGUCUUAACAAAGCUCAUUUCAUAGUAACACUGUUUACCAAGGCAAAUGGAGUGUGUAGCCUUCAUAGAAAUUCACACUUAAGGGUAUCUCAUUAAAUUCCUGGUAAUGCCUUUUUUUUUAACAUAAAAGGUCUAGCCCUGUGAAAAUGCUCAAGUUUAAUUGAAUUAAAUUUGUCAGUGAUGUACAUAUAUUUUUAAAGUUAUUUGGAAAGUAUAUAAAGUCCUUUGAUCAGAAUGGUGGACUAUAGUGUCGUGGCUGGUAUUCAUACUGUUUAAUUUGUCCAGUUCCUUUAAUAUCAUAACACAAAAUGCCCAGAAUUAUAUAUAUAAUGAGAGACUAGGCUAUAUCAGUUAUGACCAUUUCCGAUAGUUGGAGCAGGCGAAGUUAGUUGUGGGAAAGCCUGGAAGUGGAGGUAAUGGCUCUCCUAGGAGAAGGUAGUUGUUGAGGAUGAGGAAGAAAUGAGUGGUGCUUUGGGAAUAUAGAAGCACGAUGAGUGCGGCAUUGUUGGAUGGGGAGCUAGAGGAUUUAGGAGCAGAGAAAUUCUGAGAAAUAUGUGGAAGAGUUUAAAGUGGGUGAAACCUUUGGAUAUGGGAAGUCGGAUUUCAGAAACAUGGUAAAUUGGGGUGACUUGGAAGUGUAUGGUGACGGGAAUGAAUGAGUGCAACUUCAGUUUUAGGGAGGGGAAUCAGAUUACAUAAAAGCUUGGUGUGGGGGCAGGUGUAGGUGUGACAAUAAUAAUAAUAAGCAUACAAGAUUCGGUGAAGGGUUCAGAGAACAAGAGUAGAGCAAGUGAAAAAGGUAAGGAUUUUGUUGGGUAUGAGUGAGGUAGGGGCGAAGUUUGGUUUGUGUACAAGUACUGUAAUUUGAGUUAGAUAAAGAAAUUACUUAACUGGUGCUCCUAGACAUGUUAUGCUGUAUUUACUUGCUUUUCUUGAAUUAUAUUUUAUUCAGCCAUCUUUUGAACGUGGAAAGUUAAACUGGUACAGAUGGAACUA